AGAACAAGAAACUCACACUCUCUCUCUAUCUCUAACCUUCUUUUUUUUCUCUCUCUAGAAUCAUUCAUUCGUGUGGGUUGGAUCAUGGUAAUGGGCGGCAUGAGGCCGCGCUUCUUCUCUAUAAAAGCCCCUCUCCUCUUCCCUAAAACACCAAAUAAUAGAAAAAGCAUCUUUCUCUUGUCUUCUCCUUUCCUCGUCACAGCAUUCUUCUGCUCUCCUCCCUUCAUCUUCCCCAAAGCGAGACCUUUUCUUUCAGAACAGAGCAACAGCUUCACCACCAUCAUGUCGAGAGCUUCAGCCGAUCGAAUCGCUGAGAAUUACGAAACUCCAGAGCUUCAAAAACCGAGGCAUGUGGUGAAAAAGGUAUUGGCCAAGCAACAGCAGGAAGGCGAUGGCGCCAAAGUUCGACGAAGCAUUGGAAGGCCAGAGUUGAGAAAUUUUGAUCCUUUUCUUCUCCUGGAUGAGUUCUCGGUUUCUCGCCCUGCUGGAUUUCCAGAUCACCCUCACAGAGGUUUCGAGACUGUAACAUACAUGCUUGAGGGAGCCUUCACCCACCAGGACUUUUCAGGCCACAAGGGAACCAUCAGUGCCGGCGAUCUCCAGUGGAUGACCGCCGGCAGGGGAAUAGUCCACUCAGAAAUGCCCGCCGGCGAUGGAGUUCAGAAAGGCCUCCAGCUUUGGAUCAACCUCUCCUCCAAAGACAAAAUGGUGGAACCAAACUACCAAGAGCUGCAAAGCAAAGACAUAACAAGAGUGAACAAGAAUGGCGUCGACGUGCGCAUCAUAGCAGGGGAGGCCUUCGGCGUCAGCUCUCCAAUAUACACGAGAACUCCAACAAUGUACCUGGAUUUCACCAUGAAGCCCGGCGCCGAGCUCCGGCAACUCAUCCCACUUGAAUGGAACGCCUUCGUAUACAUCAUCGACGGUGAUGGAGUGUUCGGCGACGAGGAAACCGCACCAGUUUCGAGCCACCAUGUUCUCAUUCUCGACAACGGAGAUGGCCUCUGCGUCUGGAACAAGUCAGGGAGGCCGUUGCGCUUUGUGCUCGUCGGCGGGCA